AUGAAUCUUUAUCGAUUAGAAGAUGUUGCAAAACAUAAUGGAGAAAAUGGUACAAGAAUUUGGGUGCUGAUUCAAAAUUCCGUAUACGAUUUGACUGAUUAUAUGGAAGAGCAUCCUGGAGGUGACGAUUUGAUCCGGGAAUUUGCAGGAAAAAAUGGAACUAAAGGAUUCAACGAUAUUGGACAUUCUUCGGAUGCAAAAAAUUUAAUGAAGAAGUUCAAAAUUGGCGAACUCGAUGAGGUCGAUUUUGAAGAAACUCUGGUUGUGAACGUGAAGAAGUAA